GGCGGGUGUCGCGCGCCUCGCUCGAUGAGUCCGGUUUAGAUCACAUCACUUCAGACUCAGAGUUUCUCUCACGCGUUUCUCUUCAUCAUGGCCCCAUGCGCUCCUGACACCGGUUCCGUUCCGUCCCCGUGAUGCGAGUGAUGAUGAUGAUGGUGACGGAUGAAAGAUGGAGAAACUAUCCGCGAGCAUUACCGGACUCUCGUGGAGCUCCGUGUCGCUGCCGUUGGACGUGAUCGUGAGCAAAUUCCGCUUACCGACACUCGUGCGACUGAGCCACGGUGAGAAUGUGGAGGGUCUGUCGGAGGAGGACGUAAUUUUGCUUCACUCCUGCAGACAGUGGACCACCGUCACUGCCCACAGUCUGGAGGAAGGUCAUUAUGUGAUCGGACCUAAAAUAGACAUCCCUCUACAGUAUCAAGGAAAGUUUAAGUUAUUGGAUCAGGAUCGGGAUGUCCGUGAGCCAGUUCAGUAUUUUGGAAGCGUGGAGGAAAUCGCUGGAAUCUUUCCUGAUCGCGUGUUCGUCAUGGAGCCCAUCACGUUCAGCGUUAAGGUGGUUUCUGGGGAGUUUACAGAGGAUAGCGAGUUAUAUAAUUUUUCUCUUCAGACGGGUGAUGAAUUGACUCUCAUGGGCCAAGCAGAACUGCUCUGCGUCCAAUCGACUCGCGAGAAAUCCCGCCUGACGACGCUGCUACGGCGACUUGGCAAAGCAAGCGGAGCUUUGGGACGUCCCGCCCGCACGAAGAUGCCUUGUUUGAUAUGCAUGAACCAUCGGACCAAUGAGAGCGUCAGUUUGCCGUUCCAGUGUCGCGGGCGGUUCUGCACACGCUCGCCGCAGGAGCUGCAGAUGCAGGGAGGCGAACACACCGUGCGCAGCAUCAUCGAGCGCGUGCGUUUGCCUGUGAACGUAUCCGUGCCCUCGCGACCUCCUCGCAACCUGUACGACCUUCAUGCGAUCCGCGAGGGUCAUCGAUAUAAACUCCUCAGCAUCAUCAGCAAAACUGUCGUUCUCUGCUGCAUACUUCGCAAAGAGGAAGUGACGCCGUCUCACUUCCUUUUAUUAACGGACAUGCCGCGCUUCACUCUGCCGGAGGGGCUUUUGCGCGCAGACGCUUCCUACCAGCAGGUGGUGCUGCAGUGUGCGCUGCGUUGCCAAGAGAGCUUCGACCCAGACGAUUACUCGCGCGCCGUGCGCGAAGUCAAGACGGAUUUCUCAGAGGAGUGUCUCAGUCCGCGGCGGAUUCGGGUGUGCGUUCAAGGCUACGGGCGUGACGAGUUGGGGACGUCCCUGCAGAGACUGUCUCUGUGUGUGUACGGAGGUGGAGCGGUCACACACACGCACACAAUCUCACACGGCUGCAGAGACUCGCUGGUCGACUCGCACACGCUGCCCUCUAGUGACGGCGACGGAGAGGAACGAGAAUACGUCACGCCCGAUUGGUCGACUGAGACGCAGGAGAUUCCAUACGAGGAGCUCUGGACCAAUCAGAGUUCUGGAAGCUUUGGUUUGGCGUCUGAGAGCGCGGUGAAGGCGGAGCAUAACCUCAUAUCCUUUCACUCCACUACCACGUCAUUGGAGGGUACCACCCACGUCGCCAUGGUGCAGAUGGAAGCAGGAAGAGUAUCGAGAGUAUCAACUCCACCCCCAGUCCCACCCAAAUCAGAAGCUGUGAAAGAGGAGUGCCGUUUUUUAAAUGCUCCUCCCGUUCCGCCCCGCUGUGCUAAAGGCCCCGUCCCGAGCCCUCCAGUCCCCACACGCUUCCCUAAAGCUCCAGCCACACAGACGCUCAACCCAAACCACUCAUUUUAUUCCUCUGGACUGCAAGAGAGUUCUGCUCCUCGUAGCGGUAGCAGCUCUCCAUCGCCGGACUCUUACUCUCUGUACUGUUACCCAUGCACCUGGGCCGACUGUGUGACCUCUGACCCCUGCGUAAGCCCUGAUCCCGCCCAGCCCGCGCAGGCCUGUUGGUCCCACCCUCGAGGAGGCGGAGCCUCCACCUCCAACGUCCUCAAUACACCUCUACUCAGCACUGACUCCACCCAAAAGAACUACUCCACCUGUCCCAGACCACGGCCGGUGGCGCAGAACCGCUUCGCACCAUUCGGUGCCCUAAACCCCUUUGCCAAUCCGGGAUACGCCCACGCCUCCUCCGAUUGGCUCACCACUGGUAGGAACUCUCCCACUCUGAUACCCGACCUCAUUAGCUCCACCCCCAAGGAGCCUCUAACCAAUCAGGGAGCUUUAGAAUGCAGUCCCGAGGCUCCGCCCAGACCAAUCAAGAAUUCAGAAGAGGACACGGUCACCAUGGACCCCGCCUCCGGAUCCGUUGCCAUGACGAGGGGGGCAGAGGGCGGGGCUGGGUCGUCAUGGCGACCCCCCUCGGAGCUCUGCUGGCUCUCGGUGGAGGAGGUUUCGUCCAGUCUUAGGUUUAUCGGCCUUUCGGACGACGUGAUUGGUCUGUUCAGCCGAGAGAGGAUCGACGGCUCUAUUUUCACUCAGCUGACAGAGGAAAUCCUGUCGGAGGACUUUAACCUCACCAAACUACAGGUCAAAAAAAUCAUGCAGUUCAUCAAGGGAUGGAGACCCAAGAUAUGAGGGCAGCAUCCUCGUGAACUUAUUGAUGUUUUUAUUUGAGAGACACAAAAUUACUCCAGCCACAAUGAGUGCUUCUACUCGGACAGUUUCAGAUGUUUUAUAAGUGUGUGUGUGUGUGUCUGAAAUACACCUCUCUAAUCGAAGGACUGACAGAUUGUGACUAAUAUAUUAUGGAGCACUAUUCGAUGUUUUUAUUUUUGGGGUGGGGUGAUUUUGUGUACCUUCAGUGGACAGUCAGAGCUCAUCUUGUGGCCGUUCUGCUGUAUUUCAAGGGUUUUACUGACUGUGUUUUGACCUCUUUUGUCUGUUUUCUAAUAAUCUGACAUGAUUGACAGUUGGAUCUGGGUGAAUCUCAUGGAACCUGUCUGGAUGAUGUCCAGGUCAUUUUUCACCCCAAAAUCAAAAGCAAAAAUAAAUAAAUAAAUUGUCAUUGUUAGAAUGUAUGAAAAUCUCAUUCUUGUUAUUGUAAUGUGGAAAAAUGUUUAAGUAAUUUUAAGUCAUGACACCUUAAUUUAUAGCUCUUAAUACAAUACAGAUUGUUUCAAAGCAGCUUCACAGUAAUAAACAGAAAAUAACAGAACCAAUAAUGCAAACUUCAUCAGGUAUGGAACCAAUUCAAAU